UUCACAGAUAUUGAUGAGUGUAAACUUGAUAACAUGCCAUGUACCCAGGGGUGUAACAAUACUGAAGGAUACUUUAAUUGUUACUGUUACCCUGGCUACAUGAUGGAGUCCGACACGGUUUCUUGUAAAGGUAUCUGUUGCUUUACAUUGAGCUCUCCUGAGUUAUUUUAAUUUAUGUACAAUUUAACUCCUUAGUAAAAUGUCCAUCUUUAGGCCUUCUGGUGUUAUUGGGGAGGAAAAUUUAAUCUUUUCUGGAUUCAGACAUUUUUAUGAGUUAUUUUACAGAUUCACUAAAAAUUUACUCAUCACAAGCCUAGUUAGUAAGAUUUUAUGUUUGUUUUGUUAGGCUAAGCAGUUAAGAUUAUAUGUUAUAUAAUUUUGCAUUUCAGCUUGUGAAGUUCCCUUUUAUGGAGAUAAUUGCAAACAAACCUGUGACUGUAAUGGUAGAGGAUCAUGUAACACAGUGAAAGGAUGUGUUUGUGAUGUGAACUGGACAGGGGUCAACUGUGACAUAGAUGUUGAUGAAUGUGCCUUACCAGAUGCCUGUCCUGAAGGGCAACUUUGUGAGAACACAAAUGGAUCAUUUACUUGUUCUUGUCCAAUAGGCUAUAUCAUGGAAGGAGGUUUCUGCAAAGGUGUGUAGCUUUGACAGCAAUUUAUUUUAUAAGUAAAUUUUAAGAAUAUUUAUUUUCACAGUGAAAAUUAAAAAUAAUUAAUUUAAGAGUUUUUUUAAGAAUGUAUAACUAUUGUUUUCAAUAUUUUAUUCAACACAAUAAUUUCUUUACCUAACUGUUUGUUUAGUUCAAACUACUAAAUUUACAAUAUUUUUACUUAAUGUGAAUGAUUUAUUGAUAUAUAUAAAUGAUGCAAUCAAAGUAUCCAUAUGAAACAAACAAUGUGUAAGACGCAUCAAUUUUGACAAAGAACAUAACAGCAGUCUUUUAUUAGUCCUAUUAUUAUAAAAAUUUCAUUAUUACAUAUUAAAUAGUCUUCAAUUUUGAAACUGCUUGUUUGCAUAAAUCUCUGUAGAUGUUGAUGAGUGUUUUAGCCUUCUAACCAAUGGGACAUGUAACUUACAAACAGAAGUUUGUAUCAACACAGUUGGUAGUUACAGGUGUGAGUGUAAACAUGGCUAU